UCCUCCUUUCUUCCCUUUUCUCCCUCUGCUCUCUCUCGCUCUCUAAUUUUCCUAAAACCUAAUUUUGUUUUGGUGCCCACACUUCCUAAUAAUUACACUCCGUCCCCCCCCCCUGGCCCAGACCGGUCCACCCAAUGGAAUUCCUCGCGGCCCUGGAGGGAUGGGAGCCUCGACCGGCUGUCAAGCCGGACCCGUUCGGCCCGGCCAAGACCCCCGAAGAAGAGCGGCGGUUGAGGCGGAUGAUAUCGAACCGGUUGUCCGCUCGACGAUCGAGGAUGCGGAAACAGCGACACCUCGAGGACCUACGGACUCAUCUGAACCGACUCAAGUCGGAGAACCGGGAUUUAUCGAACCGGCUCGGAGCCGUGGUUCACUACUCCCUUCUCUUGCGCGGCGAGAACGACCGGCUCCUCUCCGAGGCGGUCGCUCUGUACAACCGGCUCACGGAAUUCGAACAUGUCAUCCGUUUCCGGCAGUUUCAGCGGCUGAGUUCACUCGCGACGGCCGCCGUCUGCGGUGGUUUCGGCCCAAGCGCCGCCGCCGGAGAGCCCAAUUUCUCCUCCUUAAUCGUAUAAAGAAUAAGCUAAGCUAAUCAGCACUUGAACCCAAAAAAGCCCGCUUUUUUAUAAUUUCAUAAAAGAGGAGGCCGUAAAAUACAGUCUUAUCGUGUUCAGUUGAAGCUUUUGAGAAGGAGGUUUAUUAUGUAAAAAGGGGAAUACUAGGUAGUUUUUAAUAAGUUUGAGAAUGAAAGGCUAUAAAUUGAAUUGCUGAUGGCGGCGUUUGAUUUCUUAUAAUAUGAAAAUUCUGUCAAUUACUACAAGUUGGAGCAAGACAAGAGGACGCAGUUUUGCAUUACUUGUGAGGCCAAAUUGAUGCGCCUAAUAACAACAAAAUCAAACUAACAAGUCCUUGGUGGAUGACAUGAUCGUCUGAUGGUUUAACAUUUACGUAUUUACACAUGCCACAGAUGUGAUGGUAAACGUUGUUAUUCUUAUGCAGAUGAAAUGACGAUAAAACAAAAAAUUCUUUACAUGUUGUCACAUGAAGCCGCCAGUGAUGACCGAU